AUGUGGUGUCGCCUUCGUGUAAUGUUGGAUAGUACCAUAUCAUUAUUCUGUAUACUAGCACUAUCUGUGAAUGUUGUGCUGAUGUCACGGAUACUGUACAUUUUGGUGAAAAAACUCCAGCAUGAUCCACAUUUGGAGCGAAUGCAGUAUAAAAAAGCUGUGGGCGAGCGGCUUGGUGAUUCUGAUACCGGUAUUUGCGCCUUGUCAUUCUCUUCAAUUCUCCGCCUUCCUGAUCUUACACAUACAGUGCAUUAUCUUGUGUACUGCGACGGUUACAAGGGUUGUGCCGUGUCAAUAAUCUUCUGCUACACGAAUAAAUCGGUAUGGGAUUGUGCUCGAAAAUGGUGGAAAGGCGUAUGCGAUACACGUUCGGUGAAAGCGGAUAUUCGAGCUCGAAUGAGCGUACAACUCGAGACAAAACUGCCGCUCGUCGAUAAAUCCUGA